AGUGGUAGGCAAAACCCCAUGUUCGACUGUCGUUCGAGAAAUAUAACUUUUCGUAAAGCUCAAUUUGCUAAUCAUAGUCGGAACGUGUGCUGUCGGUCCUGCCGAGGCCAGCGCUGCGCCGGCUGCCACGCUGUCAGGAAGUUCCGCAGUGUCGAUGCGACGGCGAACCGUCCAGAGGUCCCUUUUGUUCACGGUAUUUUGUUGAACAGCGUUAUUGAUUUUCAGGUUGGAAUUUGGACGCUGAAACUGUUUGAUCAAGAUGGAAUGUCAUGUGGUGCGCCUACUUGUGUCACUUCUCAUUUUGGUGCCUUGUGUCUGCAUGGCCCAAACACCGGCGCAGUUAGACUUGAUGAAGAAAGGUUACCCUCAUACUGGCCCCUGUUUUGAUAACCCUUGCGCAAUUCUGCGGACUCCCGUGGAAGAAGAUUGGGGAAAGACUAAAUAUAUCCUCAACUUCGUCGCCUCCGGUUUCGGGCCCGCUGAUCCGCAGCAGCUUGCCUCACUGCAGAAGCGGCUGCUGAAACUAAGUGGUAACAUACGAACUGAAAAGAACAAGCGGAUUCUCCAGCGUGGCCUGUUAAAUUAUCUGGAAGAGAACCCGGGAAAAUUCUUCUCGCAUGACCUGCCUUUCAUGGCGACGCUGGUGAUGCGUAUUGACGAACUUUUCCCGAGUGGAUUGCAGUAUAUCACGCCCGAGAAUCCACAAGUGCAUCUGCGGAAAAUUCAGGUUUUCACGUUGAUCGCGGCUGCAUUUUUAGGAGUGAUUCCACAUAAUCAGCGAGCAUUGCUAGCGCAUCAUCAAAAGAAGUUCGUGAUGAACCAAAAUAAGCUCGACAUGUUUUAUAGGGGUUUUAUGGAGCGCAAGCCCAAAUUUCAGUCGGUGUUAAUAUACUUUGCAAGCAUGCGCGAGCGUCUUGGCAACUGUUGGAAUGAGAUGGUCAAGAAAGGUUUCGUCGACAUGGCACCUUGCACAGGCACUUGCAUAUGCUCCACUCUCGAAGAAAGCGUUUCUAUAGCGCCAACGGAUGAGUUGAUUGGAUUUUACCGACAGAGUGACAAGGUGGCGGAUUUUGUGUGGAGUGAUGGCUCGGUGAAAGGAACUUCGGCGUCGGUGAGCAUCGACGACAUUGCUAAGAGCACGAAGGCUCUCGGUGGUUUCGAGGUUUUCGAAGAAGGAGAUAUAACGACGAGCGAUGGAGACUUGCAGGUAGACUUUGCAGACAAGUAUCUUGGCGGUCUCUCAAUGUUCGAAGGCUACAUCGCUCAGGAAGAGCUUAUUUUUAUUAUAUACCCCGAGAUGCUCUGCGUAAUGCUCUUCAGUGAUAUUAUGAAACCAAACGAGGCGGUUGUUGUGAAAGGUGUGGAGAGGUUUGUUUUUUCUCAAGGAUACGAAUGGACAUUCCAAAUCACGGCAGCAGCAGGGGAUUGGACGGAACUGCCUUCCAACAAGCACUUCAGCGUUCAAGGAGUCGUACCACUGGAUAGCCUUGGUCGACGAAACGUGGCUAUCGUGGGGAUAGAUGCCGUCCAGUUUCAUGAACCAAACAAGCAAUAUUCGCCAGUGAUGGUGAAUCGAGAACUGAUGAAGGCGGCAGUGGGUUUCAAAGGUGACCCGUAUGAACUUAUUGUAUCAGGAUCGCGCCAACCCAUCGCGACUGGACUAUGGGGCUGCGGUGUUUUCAAUGGAGACGCGCAGUUGAAAACGCUGAUCCAGUGGCUGGCCGCAUCGUAUGCAGGUCGGUCGAUGAAGUUCUACACAUUCUCGAACAAGUCCGUGGAUGGCCUCGGUCUUGUUAUUUCCAAACUACGGCAGAGUUACGCGACCGUCGGGAAUCUCUACAAAGCCAUACAGAACGCUCUGAGCAGGAGAUCGGGACGUUUAGGCUGGUCGUUGUGGAAAGAGCUCCUCUACGGUGCAUGAGCUGAUGUUGUGUGUCUUGAUUUGAACAACGUGUGAAUGUCAUCUUUAGUUGGCCGAAUAUCGGCGCGUCCCGUCAGCACCUGAUGGCCAACAACAGCUGCUGCUGUACAGUGGUACUUUCCCGUAGUGUAAUACAAGUGGAAGCUGUAAUGUUGCUUGUGUGAUGUAAUAAAAUCGAUUUAUCAGAGCAACGUGGGUAGUGACCGAUCACAGAGAUUGAUCUUGUGAUGGUCAACGCAAUCACAGCUGGGAAUGGCCAUGACGGAGCCGAACCAUUGGAACGCUUAAUUGCAUUGUUGCAUGUGUCUGACAAUUGUUGCAGAGGAUACUUCAGAUUGAUAACAUGAAACUUCCCUGCUCAUCAAUCUGACAACUUAGAGGAUGUCAGUUGUCACUCUUGUGUUUGGUAAUUACAGAUCCAACUAAGUCAUUCCAUCAUUACCGCGGGUUUACGUUUAUAACAGAUCUGAGACUGUUUCCACACGGCGACUCAGAGGUCGUCGUGCUCUCUCAGUGGGGAUGGUAUGCUGAGCACGCUGGCUUAUUUUUUUCGCUAGAGGUGGCACAGCAACUCAUAUGUAUGAUCGAACCAGCGUAGUAAGUUGUCUCGGUGCACACUGA